AUACGGGAUUCUCAGUUGCUCUUCAGAAAUAUUCGAAUAAAGUCUAACAAGUCCAUUCUACACUUAACGGCUUCAAUUAAACAUUGUAAAAGUUUCCAGCAAAUUAUAAACAAGUGCACUUCAGCUUCAAUUACAGAUACUAGUAUCACAAAAGUGCCCACAAAAACUGCGCACAAUGUCCAAUCCCGCCACUGGCGUCUCCUCUAAGCUGCUGUUGAGCAUCGGCAUAGGGGUUGGGGUGACCGCAGUGUCAGGUGCCUCCUAUCUGUAUUACAAAUAUUGGAAAGAGAAUGCCAUACCGGAGCAAUGGCAACGUGUGGGUACAUUAGAAAUGCUCGAGUUCUUCCCAAUCAAGUCUUGUGCGCCGCUUAAAUUCCCAGAGGGCACUGAACUGGAGUGCGAAGUACUCGGUCUACGCUAUGAAGGUUGUCGCGAUCGUGCUUUGAUGCUGGUCGACAAAGAUGACGUAAUGAUAACGGCACGUGGCUAUCCCAAGAUGGUGCUGAUAAACUCCAGACUGGUCACACCGACAAAACUCGAAAUCAAUGCACCAGGCAUGGAGACUUUGGAGUUGGAUUUCAAGAAGCUAAUUGAAGAAGCACCGGGCAGAGACAUACAUACAGCUGUGUUUGGUGCCAAACUGGAUGCGAUGCUGUGUGGCGAAAAGUAUGACAAGUGGUUUUCACAAUUUAUACUUGGUCAGGAGAGUGGUCUGAAACUUGUGUAUCACCCAUAUCAGGAGCCUCUGAAGCCAAUCGACAAGGAUUUGGCCAAAGAGCCGCACAUCAAAAAAUCGGACACGGGUGCCUUCGCUGAUGCUACCAGUUACAUGAUGAUGAAUUUGUCUUCUGUUGAUGAUCUCAAUAAACGCCUACCGCGCCCCAUAAAACCAAUUCAGUUCCGUGGCGGUUUUUAUUUAAAAAUGGAUAAGAACGAGCCAUACGCCGAGGAUUCUUACGACUGGGUUAAAGUCGGCAGUGAGGCGGUGUUUCGCAAAGUGGCGCCGUGCCGUCGCUGCAUUUUGCCCAAUAUCAAUCCGGAGACCGGUGAGCGCGACCCUGAGAAUAAUCCUUUGAAAACGCUAAAAACGUAUCGCUGCUUUGAGAAUAAUCCGAGUCCCGUGUUGGGCAUACAUUUGGGGCUACGUAAGGCAGGGAAAAUAAAACGUGGUGAUGUAAUUUACGUUGGCGUACAAAAAUGAGAUAUUUAUCUUGCAUAUUGUCUUUUACACACAUAUUUAAUAUAUAUCUUAUAACUCGUUAAACAGUUUAA